GGCCCCGCCCUCCCGUAAGGGCGUGGUCGUGGGGAGCGAGGUUCCAUCUCGUGUUCGCGUUCGCUGGCGUGCAUCUUUAUCGCUCCACUUACCCUUUGUUGACCGGCGCGUGGGGCGCGUUCUCCAGCAGUUGGCACCGCGGCCUGGCGCGAUGAGGCGGGCGGCAUUGCGGCUUGGCGCCUUGAGCAAGGGGCUGCUUCCUCCUGGCAGAGGGCUGACUCAAGGCUCUCAGGACCCCAGGAAGCAGGGAAUCUUCCACAUUCGUGAAGUUCGAGAUAAGUUGCGGGAGAUUGUAGGAGUAUCCACAAACUGGAGGGACCACGUGAAAGCGAUGGAGGAGAGAAAGCUCCUCCACAGCUGUCUGGCGGACUCGCAGAAGGGCCUGCAGCCCAGGAGGAUGAAGGACAGCUACAUCGAAGUUCUCUUGCCUUUGGGCAGCGAGCCUGAAUUACGAGAGAAAUACUUGACUGUUCAAAACACUGUAAGAUUUGGCAGGAUUCUUGAGGACCUUGACAGCUUAGGAGCACACCAAAAUUCCUUCCGCUAAGAUGUCUCCUUUAUCAAUAGUUACAGCCCUGGUGGACAAGAUUGUUGCAUGGUGAUGAGUUUUGUCCUGUUUUGGGUGCAACAUUUGUGAUGGUGGCUCGUGAUUCUGAAAAUAAAGGGCCAGCAUUUGUAAAUCCACUCAUCACUGAAAGCCCAGAGGAAGAAGAACUCUUUAGACAAGGAGAAGUGAACAAGGGGAGACGGAUUGCCUUUAGCUCCACAUCAUUACUGAAAAUGGCUCCCAGCGCUGAAGAGAGGACUACCAUACAUGAGAUGUUUCUUAACACGCUGGAUCCAAAGACAAUAAGUUUUCAGAGUCGUGUUUUGCCCCCUAAUGCAGUGUGGAUGGAGAAUUCAAAACUGAAAAGCUUGGAAAUUUGCCACCCUCAGCAGCGGAACAUUUUCAAUCGAAUCUUUGGUGGUUUCCUUAUGAGAAAAGCAUAUGAACUUGCGUGGGCUACCGCCUGCAGUUUUGGUGGUUCCAGACCAUUUGUGGUGGCAGUGGAUGAUAUCAUGUUUCAGAAACCGGUUGAAAUUGGCUCACUGCUGUUUCUUUCUUCACAGGUGUGCUUUACUCAGAACAACUACAUCCAAGUGAGAGUGCACAGUGAAGUGUCCUCUCUCCAGAAUAAAGAGCACGUGACCACCAAUGUCUUUCAUUUCACAUUCAUGUCGGAAAAAGAAGUGCCCUUGGUUUUCCCCAAAACAUACGGAGAGUCCAUGUUGUACUUAGACGGGCAGCGUCAUUUCAGUUCCAUGAGUGUGCCGGUGACCUUGAAGAAAGACCAGGUUGUGGAGCCAUAGGAAAACCUCAUUGAGAACCAGCACUCCACCUGCGGUGACGUCAUGGCGGAUGAAGGCCUGAUCAAGUGUAUUGGUUUUAGUGUUGCUUCUUAUCCUCCAUAGAGGAGGAGAAUGUAUUUAGGGUUCAGGAUAAUCAGAAAAGCAGAAUGAAAGAGUAGAUGGGACUGAGAGGACAGAGUUUUUAAACAAUAAAUACUUGGAAAAAUUUUUUUAAUUGUGAGCUUUCCAUGCUGCCUCUUGUCUGCUAAAGGAAUUAGGGCAAAAUGCUUUUUUUUUUUUACACAGAUGUUGCAUUUUUAUACACAUACUAAACUAUCCUUAUAUAAGGUUUCCUACUAGGGUAUUUGAGUAACUUUUUUUUGAGAUUUAUUUAUUUAUUUGAGAGGCAGAGUAAUGGAAAUAAAGAGGAAAGGAUUGAGGGAGGGAGGCGGGGGGAGAGAGAGAGAGAAAGAGAGAGAGAGAGAGAGAGAAAGAGAGAGAGAGAAAGAGAGAAUUGAUCUUCUUUCUGUUGGUUUACUCCAAAUGGCCACAACAGCCAAGGCUAGGCUAAGCUAAGCUAAAGCCAGAAGCCCAGAACUAAAUCCACAUUUCUUAUAUGGGUAGUAGGUGCCAUUUUCCAUUGCUUUCCCAGGCAUAUUAGCAGAGGGCUGAAUCAGAAGUGGAGCAGCCAGGACUUGAACUGGUGCUCAUAUGGGAUGCUGCUAUUGCAGGUAGUGGCUUAACCUGUUGUGCCACAAAGCUGGCCCCUAAGGAGCAGGGGUUUGGUGCAGUGGUUAUGAUGCCACCUGAGGGGCCUGUGCUGUGGCAUAGUGGGUAGAGCUGCCGUCUCCAGUGUCGACAUCCCAUAUGGACAUUGGUUCGAAUCCCGGCUGUUCCACCUUCAAUCCAGCUCUCUGCUAUGGCCUGGGAAAGCAGUAGAAGAUGGCCCAAGUCCUUGGGCCCCUGCACCUGCAUGGGAGACCCAGAAGAAGCUCCUGGCUUUGGAUUGGCACAGCUCCAGCCGUUGUGGCCAAUUCGGGAGUGAACCAGAGGUUGGAGGACCUUUCUCUCUUUCUGCCUCUCCUCUGUGUAACUCUGACUUUCAAAUAAAUAAAUCUUAGAAAAAAAACAUGGCACCUGAGAUGCUUGCAUCCCAUACCAGAGUGCCUUGGUUCAAGUCGUGGCUCAGAUUUUGGUUCUGGCCUCCUGCUAAUGUACACCCCGGGAGGCAGAAGAUGAUGGCUGAAGUGCUUGGGCCACGUGGGAGACCUGGGUUGAGUCCCUGCCUUCGGCCUGGUCCAGCCCUGGCUAUUGCUGGCAAUUGGGAAGUGAACCAGCAUAUGCAAUCAGUCAGUCUCUGUCUCUGUCUCUUUGCCUUUGAAAUAAAAUAAAAGGUGGCUAAUGGGUUUUGUUACUUGGAGAGUUUGUUAAUGUGUUAAGUGGAAUACAGUAUGUAGAGACCUAUUGCAUGCUGCUGUAUACAUUAUAUAUUAAACCAUUUGUUGCUACACA